GAAGGAAAUGUUCGGUAACGAGCUUUCAAUAAAGAAACAGGUAAGUUUAAGCAAGGAAGUUGGAGAAUUGUACCACUCGCUCUUUCCAUUUAAGAGAAAUAGGAGCCCUCAGACAGAAUCAUUAAAGCACAAAAUGAUGGAUCUCACCGAGACUGAGAGUUCUGGGACUAAAAGGCAUCUUAAAAGGGACGAUCGAUUUGAUAACAGUGUAAUAGAAAGCAUCCCUUCUCCUGGGAGAGUGUUUUCAGAGAUACCUGCCAGUAGCUCAAGAGAUCCGUCAUUGGACGAGGCUAAAAAAUGUAUAGGUAGAUACUUCUAUGAGACAGCAACUGAUUUUGAUGUUGUCAAAUCAUGUAGCUUUCGCACAAUGAUUGAUUCCACCCUUGGUCAUGGGAAGAUAAUUCCCAGCUGCGAGGAGUUAAAAGGGUGGAUCCUCGAGGAUGCUGUAAAAGCGAUGCAAAACUUUGUAAAGGAUAUAAGAACUUCAUGGAUAAGUACAGGUUGUAGCAUUGUACUGGAUGGUUGGAUAGACGAGAAAGGUCGAGACCUUGUGAAUAUUUUAGUGAAUAGCCCCAAGGGUGCGGUUUAUCUUAGAUCAUCUGAUAUUUCAGCUUUUGUUGGGGAUGUUGAUGCCAUGUUAUUGUUCCUUGAGAAGGUUCUGGACGAAGUUGGGGUCGAGAAUGUGAUUCAAGUUAUUACAUAUUCGACAUCAGCCUUCAUGAAAGAAGUGGGCGAGCGGCUGACAAACAAGCACAGACAUGUUUUUUGGACAGUGAGUGCUUCUACCUGCUUAGAACUUAUGUUAGUAAAAUUUGAAAGUAUGAGUUUCAUUAGAGAUAUAUUGGAGAAGGCCAGAACAAUAACAAGCUUCGUCCAAAACCACCCGAGUGCCCUGAAACUUUUGAGAGCUUAUACUCGGGUAGAGAACCUUGUAAAGUCUUCCAAAAUUAGGUCUGCAGAGCCAUACUUGACCCUUGAGAAUAUUGUUUUGGAGAAGAAGGGUUUGGAAAACAUGUUCUCUUCAUCCGAGUGGAGAACCUCAGAUCUAUCAGACUCCAUCGACGGAAAAAAUGUCGAUUACUUGGUGGCAGAUCCUACUUUUUGGAAUGGGGCAUUAGUGGUUUUGACGGCAGCUAUUCCUAUAGUACGGGUUUUAUACUUGAUAAACAAGAACAAUAAGCCCCAAAUUGGUCUUAUAUACGAAACAAUGGAUCGAGCCAAGAAAACAAUCAAAGAGGGGUUCAAAAAUAAGGAAAGCCUGUAUAUGCCGUUCUGGAAAGAAAUAGACAAUAUUUGGAUCAUGCAUCUCCACAGCCCACUGCAUUGCGCCGGUUACAAUUUAAAUCCAACUCUUUUUUAUACAGAUGGUUACCACAAUGAUUUAGAAGUUCACAAAGGACUUUUUCUUUCUAUCAUCAAGAUGAAUGGAGAUAGUCGCGUUCAAGAGCUGAUCAUGAUGCAGUUACAAGAGUAUUUAAGGGCAAGUGAUGCUUUCAGUGUGGGAUCCAAAUGCCUAUCAGAUUUUUCACCAGCACUCUGGUGGAAAAAAUUUGCAGAAAAAUAUCCUGAAUUACAGCGAUUGGCAACUCAAAUUCUUAGCCAGAGUUGCGAUGGUGCCUCAAAAUUCAAGCUGAAAAGGAGUUUGGUUGAGUUUCUACUCACAAAGGAACAAAACUGUACAGAGCAGCAGAUAUUAAAGGAUUUGAUAUUUGUCCAGUAUAAUUUGCAGCUACAAAAUUUUGAGACGAGCCAGAGCUCAUACAUCUCUGCCAAUGAGAUCGGUCCAAUGAAUAAUUGGAAGGUUGACGAAGCACAUAGUGGUGACAUUGAACCGUCACUAAUGGGCUUCGAUUAAUUUUGGGAUCCCCUAAUUGAGGGGUGAGCCGUGUGGAAGGGCCAUCCUACUUUAGCCAGAAAUAGUAUCUAAUAAAAAUAUCAUAAUUUGUAUGAGUACUUGACUUGGAUAGACUUUUUUUAUAAGGUGAUUGUGUAGAAUUAAAGGCAUUGUUCUUCACUGAUUCCAUGGUUAUAUGAGCAAUAUGAAAAGAGUGUAUGAGCAUGUAACCAUGGUGCAAGCUGUUCGUAAGGCUUUAGCCAUAACUCGUGCCGCAGCACAAUAGACCAAUCAAAAGAGCAAAUUUCCUCUAAUAAUUUUAACGAGUUUCUGUGAACGCCUUUGAAUUUUUGAAAUUCUUCUCUUACAUACUUCUAUGCAAAUGUUUUGCCAUUUGGAGAUUUCAUAUGAUAUG